AUGUCCUUGCUUGUGAUGACGUUCGGUUCGGCGCCAGUCGAUGGGGCCGUAUGGGGGACGCCACUGUCUAUGACGUUCAAGACAGUUUUCCUCGCAUCUCAGCUCGUGGCAGGAUUAGGCAUGUUCACCACCAUGUUCAUAGCUCUCUUUGCUCGACAAGUGCGGCGUCCGUCGACUUGGUACAACUUCUGCUUUGGGUGGAUCGUGUCGGCUGUAGUUUAUACCUUAUUCCUAAUUUACGACGAAAACUGGUGGUCGAAGACACCUUCACCAACAUUAUGCGUGGUGCAGGCGUCUACAAUUUAUGCCCUGGUAGUUUUUUGUGCGCUCACCAAUAUGGCAUACGUACUGGAAAUAUGGAUCACCACUCGUUUAAUGGAAAUGCCAGCCAUCGGUACCUACUACGGGCCGACGACCCUGCUGCUUGUGGCACCCUACGUUCUAUCAACAGCGACCCUGGUGGAAGCGUUUGCAUAUGCCAUCGCACACCCUGGUUCCACCGUUCUCAUGCAAGGUCUAUAUUGUGCGAACAUCCACCGGUUUCCCACCGCCGUAUCAGCCGUUGUUGUCUGCGUGGCAACCACCCUUACCUUCGUCUUUCAACUUCUCAUCGGCGUUCCUCUAUGGCGCCGCCGGUUUCAAAAGCAGUCGGCGGCAAUGAAGGCCUCGACGCCGUUAUUCAUUCGAUUCGCCAUCUUCUCCAUCUUCGACCUGAUCGGGGCUGUGGCGUCUGUCAUGUUUGCGCUACAGCAGUUUGGGGCAGCUUCAAACUCCCUCAUUGCCAUUAUGCCCGUUGGCGCAUGGCUCGUUUUUGGAACCCAGGGCGAUCUGCUCCAGGCUUUGAGUUGCGGAAGGCGGAGGAACCCAUCUCGUCCCUCAACUCCGUUACUCGACAAAUAG